CAUGGGACCUCGAGGCGUCCGGCUCCUGGCGGUUCUCCUGGUCCUGGGGCUGUGGGCCCCGGCAGGGGCCCAGAAACCUUCCCCCUGCCGGUGCUCACGGGUAGCCCCCCACAAGAGGGAGAACUGUGGAUUCCCGGGCAUCACCAGUGACCAGUGCUUCUCCUCUGGCUGCUGCUUCGACUCCAGCGUCGUGGGGGUCCCCUGGUGUUUCCACCCCCUCCCGAAGCAAGCGUCGGAGGAAUGCGUCAUGGAAGUCUCGGCCCGUAGGAACUGCGGGUACCCGGGCAUCAGCCCCGAGGAGUGCGCCUCCCGCAAGUGCUGCUUUUCCGACAACAUCUUCGAAGUGCCCUGGUGCUUCUUCCCGAUGUCUGUGGAAGACUGUCAUUAUUAAGAGGAGUCCCUUCCGAGGACCCAGCAGGCUCCCUGGAUGUCUGGAAAUGAGGACUACUCACCACCACAUCUCAGGUU